AUGAAAAGACAAAAGCAUCCCUCGGACAUUUACUAUAAAAUACUUUCGGUUAUACGAUUUUGUUCCCGAACUAUCGGUGUGGAUAUUAUCGCUGAGGAUUAUAAAAUCAAUCCAAACACAUGUUUUGUUAUUGCCGCAAUUGUCGCUUAUUACCUCUUUGCCGUGCAUAUGGUUGGAAAAUAUGUUCUGAAAGAUUGGACGGUGCUGCUUGAUGUCUUCUCACCGGUGAGCUGUACUACACAAGGAGCAGUAAAAUUGAUGUCAGCACUUUUGUAUCCACAACUGUAUCGAAAAUUAGCUAUGAACAUCGGGCAAAUUUAUGAGAAAUAUCAACAGAUGGGAAGAGAGUAUGAGAAAAAAUUACUCGAAUGGAAUAAGAACAUGAAAAAAAUUUUAAUUGCAUGCGCAGUAGUGUAUUCCCUCACUGCGCUGCUAAUUUUAUCCACACCCAUUGUGAUGUAUAUACUUAAGGGCGAACGUCAUCUGAUAUUGCUUUGCCAAGUGCCCGGUUUCGAAGUGGACUCGUAUUAUGGUUAUUGGGUGAAUAAUGCCUUCAGUUUAAUAUGUGUUAUGAUUGCCGCUUUCGGUUUAUACGCCGCACUAAAAAUAAAUGAUUUACACAAAUUGAUAGAAGAUGAUGACAAGGAAGAACGUCAAACUAAAUUAGUUAACGAUAUUGUAGAGUGGCAUCAGUAUUACUUGGAGUGA